CAUACACCUGAACGCUGUUUUAGUAUAAGACGUGCUAAGUUUGCGCACUUUCACAACUCGUUUGUGGGGCAUUAAACGUCUUCUGGUCAGUUCUGUGCUUUUCCAUUUUAACCAUUCAUAUUUUGGGUUGUGUCCUCAUUGGAAUUUAAAAUAAAAAUUCAAAUAUGACAUUAGUUCAGCCGUCACCUGAUAUGCAGGUUCAUAUCAGGAAAGCCCUCAACGAAGACGUUUCAACAAGAGAAUCAGAUCUACAGCAUAUCAAAGAAUGGUUAUUGAAACAGCCCCACUUACCUGACACAUGGGAUGAAGAAAGAUUAAUGACCUUCCUUAGAGGAUGUAAAUUUUCAUUAGAGAAAACCAAAAGAAAAUUGGAUAUGUAUUUUACAAUGAGGACCGCCUGCCCAGAAUUUUUCAGCAAUAGAGACAUCACAUCUCCAGAUUUGCAACGAAUUGCUAAACUCGGGACGAUUCCGCCGUUGCCAGGUUUAACUCCAGAUGGUAAGAGGGUUGUAGUACUUAGAGGAAAAGACAAAGAUAUAGAUACCCCACCACUAGCCGACGUUGCAAAAUUAGUACUGAUGAUUGGUGAUGUUCGACUAGCUGCUGAAGAAGUUGGAGUUGCCGGUGACGUGUACAUCCUCGACGCGACCGUGGCAACUACAUCGCAUUUUACCAAAGUAUCUCCAGCUAUGGCCAAAAAGUUUUUAGUCUGCGUACAAGAAGCUUAUCCAGUAAAAUUAAAAGAAGUUCAUGUUGUGAACGUGUCUCCCAUAAUCGAAACCAUUGUACAGUGGGUGAAACCGUUUGUGAAGGAAAAAAUAAGAAACAGAAUUCAUCUCCACUCGAAUUUUGAAAGUUUACACAAAAUGGUGCCCAAAGAGAUUCUUCCGGAGGAGUAUGGUGGAACUGCAGGGAAACUUCAAGAUUUUCAUGAUCAGUGGAUGAAGAAAUUGGAAGAAUAUGGUCCCUGGUUUAAAGCACAAGACAAUAUCAAGGCUGACGAAUAUAAACGUCCCGGCAAGCCGACCAACUACGAAGAUUUGUUCGGUUUGGAUGGAAGUUUCAGACAACUGACAAUCGAUUAAUUUUUUUUGCAAUAAUUUUAUACAUAAAUGUUUAUACCGUUAAUAUUUUUAGCUAAUUGUUUACAUUUUUUGUACUAGAAAAAAUUCGAUAAGUUUAAAA